CUUAUAUCUUAUCGUGAUCUUAUCUAUGAUAACCACAAAAGUGGUUACAACAUUGAUUCACUAAUAAUUUUAUUUUGAUAAACUGAUAUUGUCGUUUGUUACUAAACUUUAAAAAAAAGUCUAGUAACAGAGCACAGAUCUAAUAGUUUACACGGUCUUUGGUUUAGAGAGAGGUAUGGGAUUAAUUUUAUACCAUUUUCCCCCAAGUGGGCCAUCCAGAGGAGCUCUGUUAGCUGCUAAAGCCAUUGGUGCCGAUGUAGAUGUCCAAAUUGUAAAUUUAUUUAAAAAAGAACAACUUAAAGAAGACUUUGUUAAGAUUAAUCCCCAACAUACCGUUCCAACUUUAGUAGAUGGUGACGUUUCUAUAUGGGACAGUCACGCAAUUGGGACAUAUCUGGCAACAACCUACGGCAAAGAUGAGACCUUGUACCCUAAAGACCCUAAACAAAGGGCUCUUAUUGACCAACGAUUGUAUUUUGAUUGUGGUACUUUAUACCCUAGAAUUAGAGCAAUUUGUUUUCCAGUACUAUUUCUAGGUGAAGAUCAGAUAUAUGACGAACAUAAAGCCCCCUUAGAAGAGGCACUAGGAUUCCUAGAUGUCUUUCUGGAAGGGAAUGAAUUUGUAACAGGAAAUAAAUUGACUGUUGCAGAUUGUUCCCUGGUUGCAUCCACAUCAUCCAUUGCUGCUAUUGGUUGGGAUUUGUCACCUUAUUCAAAUGUAGCUGCAUGGGUGGCCAGAUGUUCUUUAGCCAUUCCGGGAUAUGCAGAAUUCAAUCAAACAGGUGCCGAUGAAUUCGGGAAACUAGUAAGGAGUAAGUUAGCCCCAGGGCAACUUUAAAUAUUACAUGUUUAUUCUUGAAUAAAACUUUAUUUUCUUACAAAACGA